CAAGAAGAAGAAGAAGAAGAACUGACGAUUACGGAAGUUGUUAGGAUGUGAGUGUUAAUCUAAACUCUAAGGUGUGAAUGCCAACGAAAAUGUCCAGGUACUGUUUUAGCACCUCCGUUGGAAAGAGAAUAAGCUCUUCGUAUUUAAAUCAAAAGGCAGGAGUCUGUCUGAGACAGGACACUGAGACAGUACUACCAGAGCCCACUGAGCAGCACAGGAUCAGACAGAAAGAAGAGGAACUCAGUGGACUGGAGUCUGUUUACAUGGCAGAGUCAGAGAUGGAGUGUGCUGCACCAGGACUCAACACACUGGAGCCAGAGUGUGUUACAGCACACAGUGGGGUCAGUGAUGUACAUCACACACACACGUCACUGAUUAAAACAGAAACUGAUCUUGGCUCCACUCACACUAUGGUUCUUAAGACAGAGACCCUCGACAGUACAGAGCUGGGAUAUGUAACCCUUCUGCACCCUGAUGAGAUCAAAACAGAAGCUGAUGAUGGAGGACACCCUCAUGCAGAACACAUCAGUGACUUGCAGGAUAUUAUAUGUGUAAAUAUUAAAUCUGAUGAAAUGAAGUGUGAAUACAAUGAACGUUUAGGGAGUGAUCUCAUGAAUACUGUGAUGACUGGAGCUGGUGUUGAUCACAAAGACCAGGCCGAACCAUGGAAAUGCGCAGGAGAGCCAAAUCCGAACUGUAACAAAGAAGAAAUUCAUGAUUUGAUGACCCAACGGGAGGAUUUAAAUCGUGACUCUGAUAUAAUCAAUGGAAAUAAUCAGACCAGAAGCGGUAGCAACAAACGUACAAAUGGCCAGAGAAAGGGUUUGGUAACUGAAGAACCCAUGAAUACUGGUGAGAAGCCAUUCAAGUGUACAGAGUGCGAGAGGUGUUUUAAUACUAAAUCUGAUUUAAAGAAACACUUUACAGUUCAUGUAGGUGAAAAGCCCUACAAAUGUAUUCAAUGUGGGAAGGGCUUUUCCAAUGUAUAUAAUUUAAGUAGCCACCAGAGAAUUCAUACAGGUGAAAAGCCCUACAAGUGUACAGAGUGUGGAAAGUGUUUUUCCAAAAAAUCUAAUUUAAGUAGCCACCAGAAAAUUCAUACAGGUGAAAAGCCCUACACAUGUACACAGUGUGGGAAGGACUUUUUAAUGAAGUUUGCUUUAAAUCGCCACCAGCAAAUUCAUGCAGGUGAACAGCCUUACAAUUGUCAUCACUGUGGGAAGUGUUUCUCUGAACUAUACGAUUUAAAUGUACACCUGAGAAUUCAUACAGGUGAAAAGCCCUACAAAUGUAUUCAAUGUGGGAAGUGCUUUUCAAAAAUAUGUAAUUUAAGCAGCCACCAGAAAAUUCAUACCGGUGAAAAGCCGUACAAGUGUACACAGUGUGAGAAGUGUUUUUGUACAAAUUCAGCUUUAAUUAAACACCAGAGAAUUCAUACAGGUGAUAAACCGUACAAGUGUAUUCAGUGUGGGAAGUGCUUUUCCAAUAGAUCUCCUUUAAUUUGCCACCAGAGAAUUCAUACAGGGGAAAAGCCUUACAAGUGCGCACUGUGUGAGAAGUGUUUUAGGACAAAUUCUACAUUAAUUAAACACCUGCGAAUUCAUACCGGUGAAAAGCCAUACAAGUGUACACAGUGUGAGGAGCGUUUUUCCCAAAUAUCUAGUUUAAUUAGCCACCAGAGAAUUCAUACAGGUGACAAGCCCUACAACUGUAUUCAGUGUGGUAAGUGUUUUUCUCAAAGAUCUCAUUUAAGUAGCCAUCUGAGAGUUCAUACUGGUGAAAAGCCCUACAAAUGUACACAGUGUGAGAAGUGUUUUUCUCAAACAUCUAGUUUAAAUAGCCACCAGAGAAUUCAUACCGGUGAAAAGCCAUACAAGUGUACACAGUGUGAGAAGUGUUUUUCCAAAACAUCUAGUUUAAAUAGCCACCUGAGGAUCCAUGCAGAUGUAGAGUCUUCCAUAUGAAUUUCAUUUUUAAUAAUCAUUUUUAAAUCAUAAAGGUGAUAGGCCUGAUAAAUUUGUAUUGUGAGAAGCAUGCUUUGUGAGGAUGUUGGAAGUGUUUCCACUUCUCAUGCAAGUUAAAAUAUCACCUGGUAAUUUAUAGAAAACUCCCUUCAUACAGUUUCAUAAAGACACCUGGUAGUUAGUGAAAAAUGACAUUUUCUUCCAAAAUACCUUCACACAAAAGUCUGUAUAAGUUUUCUCAUUGUAUAAAGACUUGAAUUACCCUUUCUGGUUUAAAUGUACAGCACAAAAAUCCUAUGUGAAAACUCUGAAGGACAGUGGUUCAUUAUGUUCAUAUCAAUACCAGAACACUCCAUCAGAAGCUAAAUGUGGGAAAUUUGCUUACAUGUGUAAAGUACUUCUGUAAGUCACUGUAAAUGAUUACACUGUAAAUUAUUGUGUUUUUAAACAGCCUUUUAACAAAGUUUUAAUUCUGUUUAUAUGCA